UUUUAAUCCUUUGCUUGAUUCCGAUUUGAUUCCUCCUCAAUUCUUCACAGCCUGAAACAUUUUUGUGAAAUUUCCGAAAAAAGAAGAAAAAGAAAAAAAGACAAAAGUAAUCGAACAAGGCUGCUGCUGGUCUUUGGAAUCUCAGAAGCCGUAAGUGUUUAAAGAGACUCUCAGGGUAAAGAGACAGAGCAAACCCUAAUAAGCGAUGGGGAACAAGAGAUUCAGGUCUGAUAAUGCAGCAGGGAAGCAAACUUCUGUCGAAGCUACUAGGAUUUGGGCGUCUAAGGUUAUCGAAGACUUUAGAGCCUCCGGGAAUCAAGUUUACACGUUUGAGCAUAAUCUAUCAAAUAACGAACGUGGCGUGAUUCAUCAGAUGUGCCGGAAAAUGGGUAUUCAAUCGAAAAGUUCUGGGCGCGGAGAACAAAGGCGUCUUUCAAUAUUCACAAGCAGGCACAAAAAUGGGAAGAACAAAGAAGCCAAUGAGAAAUCGAACAAAGAAAAGCUCAAAUGUGUGUCAUUUCCGCCAGGGGCAGAUGCUAUUCUGCAGGAUUUAUUUACUCACUAUCCACCUUGCGACGGAGACACUGCUGCUACAUCAUUUAACAAGUACUCCGGGCACUCGGGUAAACAAGGACAAUGGAAAGAUGAUUUUUUCGGGAAACCAAAGAUUAGCAGUGAAGAGAUUCUAGAAAUGGUGGCGUCUUUGAGUUCUAGACUUAAGAAGGACAAAGCUCUUAAGGAGAUCGCUAAGCUGCGGUCAAAGCUUCCCAUCACAUCCUUUAGAGACGCAAUUACAUCUGCAGUGGAAUCCAAUCAGGUUAUUCUCAUUUCUGGUGAAACUGGUUGCGGGAAAACUACUCAGGUGCCUCAAUAUCUUUUAGACCAUAUGUGGUCAAGCAAAGGAGAAACUUGCAAAAUUGUUUGCACCCAACCUCGUCGGAUAUCCGCGAUGUCAGUUUCGGAAAGAAUAUCUUGUGAAAGAGGUGAGAGCAUUGGAGAAAACAUUGGUUACAAGGUUCGACUCCAAAGCAAAGGUGGAAGGCACUCAUCAGUUGUAUUCUGCACCAAUGGCAUUCUCCUGAGGGUGCUUGUAGGCAAAGGCUCUGUUAGCUGUGUUUCCGACAUAACUCACAUCAUUGUGGAUGAAAUCCAUGAAAGGGAUUGCUACUCGGAUGUCAUGUUGGCAAUUAUAAGGGACUUGCUUCCGUCAAAUCCUCAUCUCCGUCUGAUUCUCAUGAGUGCUACGCUUGAUGCUGAGAGAUUUUCGGGAUAUUUUGGAGGCUGCCCAGUUGUCCGUGUCCCUGGAUUCACUUAUCCAGUGAGAACCUUGUACUUGGAGGAUGUUCUCUCUAUUCUGAAAUCAGGUGGAGAUAAUCAUCUAAGCUCUACCAACUUGAGUAUACCAGACCAGAAGUUUGAAUUGACGGACGAAUAUAAACUUGCUUUAGAUGAAGCAAUCAUCUUGGCUUGGACAAAUGACGAGUUUGAUGCCCUCUUAGAUCUAGUUUCUUCUAGUGUAAGUCACGAGAUCUACAAUUAUCAGCACGAAUCAACCUGGCUAACACCACUAAUGGUCUUUGCUGGAAAGGGCAGGAUCAGUGAUGUCUGCAUGCUCCUCUCAUUUAGUGCAGACUUGAACUUAAAGUCUAAAGAUGGUAUGACAGCAUUAGAAUUGGCAGAAUCAGAGAAUCAACUAGAAGCUGCUCAAAUAAUCAGGGAACAUGCAGACAAUUCCCAGUCUAAUUCUCAGCAAGGAAAACAGUUACUUGAUAAGCUUGCGACAAAUAUUGCUGAAUCAGCAGUUACCAUUGAUGAUGUGGUUUAUGUGAUAGAUAGUGGCCGGAUGAAGGAAAAGAGCUAUGAUCCUUACAAUAAUGUUUCAACCCUCCAAUCUUCUUGGGUAUCAAAAGCAAAUGCAAAACAGCGUGAGGGCCGUGCAGGCCGAUGCCAACCUGGUAUUUGUUAUCAUCUCUAUUCUAGACUUCGGGCAGCCUCUAUGCCAGAUUUUAAAGUUCCUGAAAUUAAGAGGAUGCCUGUAGAAGAACUCUGCUUACAGGUUAAGAUACUUGAUCCAAACUGUAAAACAAAUAAUUUCCUUCAGAAACUGUUGGACCCGCCUGUUGAUCAAAGUAUUGCAAAUGCCUUAAGCAUACUACAGGACAUCGGGGCCCUGACACCUCAGGAAGAGCUGACAGAACUUGGAGAGAAAUUUGGUCAUCUCCCAGUUCAUCCUCUGAUUAGCAAAAUGCUUUUCUUCGCUGUAUUAGUAAACUGUCUGGAUCCAGCACUUACUCUGGCAUGUGCAGCCGACUACAAGGAACCAUUUACGAUGCCUAUGUCGCCAGUUGAAAGACAAAAAGCUGCUGCUGCAAAACUUGAACUUGCGUCACUUUGUGGAGGUGACAGUGAUCACCUUGCGGUUGUUGCUGCCUUUGAAUGCUGGAAAAUUGCAAAAGAAAGAGGUCUUUCGGCAGAGUUUUGCUCUCAGUACUUCGUCUCUCCUAGCGCUAUGAAGAUGUUGGAUCAAAUGCGUAGCCAACUUGAGUCGGAACUUAAAAGACAUGGGAUUAUUCCCAAUGAUAUUUCAAGCUGUAGCCAGAAUUCGCGUGAUCCCGGUAUACUCCGUGCUGUUCUAUCAGUAGGAUUGUAUCCUAUGGUGGGAAGAUUGUGCCCAGCUUUUGGUAAUAAUCGAAGAACUAUAGUAGAGACUGCUAGUGGUGCCAAAGUUCGUGUGCAUUCACUGUCAAACAACUUCAACUUGUCGUCGAAAAAGUAUGAUGAAUCUUUGGUUGUUUUUGAUGAGAUCACACGUGGAGAUGGAGGCAUGCACAUAAGAAACUGUACUGUUGUUCGGGAUCUUCCUUUGUUACUUGUCUCAACAGAGAUAGCUGUGGCUCCUACAGUGAGCAGUGAUUCUGAUGAUAGUGAUGAAGAAGAAGAGGACGAAGAAGGAGGAGCUAAUACUAAUGCAGACGGAAUGGAUAUACAUAAAGAAGAGAGUAGGAGUGGAGCGAAAAUGAUGUCUUCACCUGAAAAUUCAGUCAAGUUGGUAGUUGAUCGUUGGCUUCCUUUCAGAACCACAGCCCUUGAAGUUGCUCAAAUGUACAUUUUGCGGGAACGACUAAUGGCUUCUAUUUUGUUCAAGGUAACACAUCCACGUGAACAUUUGCCGCCUCAUCUCGGAGCUUCUAUGCAUGCAAUAGCUUGUGUUCUCUCGUAUGAUGGUCACGCGGGACUUUCAUAUCCACCGGAGUCUAUGGGACCAAAACAUUCGAGGACUGAGAUGUAUGAUACCGGUGGAUGGGAAGAGAAACCAAGCUCUUUCCUAAACUCUCUCUUUUGGUCUUUAAGUUUGAAAGAGAACAAGCAUCCUAGUCACACGAACAGGAACCGGCAGCAUGACUAUAACAUGGCUCCAACAGAAGCUGCAUCGAUACCUAGGCAGCAAAGCAAUCAGCAAAGAAAUCCCAAAUCAGCCAACAAUGCUGAUUUGGGCAAGAAAAAAGGGAAAAUGCUUGUUAAUCCCACCAAUGGGAUUAAUUAUCCAGAAGCUGCUUCUGUGGCGAAGCAUUCAAAGCACAAAUCAGCCAACAGUUCGAGUUCGGGUAACAAGAAAGAGAACAUGACUUCUGAUCAGGCCAAUGGAAAGAAGCAACCAAACGCACCUCCAAGAGAAGCUGCUGCGUCAGUGGCUAAGAAUCAAAGCACUAAGAAAACCAAGACCAGGUCAGGCAACAACUCAGAUUCGGGUAAGAAGAAAGAACAAUAUGUUCCCAAGGUCGAUAUCCAUAAAAGGCAGCGUGAAGACAAAGCAGAACAUAAGGGAAAUGCAUGAAGAGCCUAGUGCUUUUGGUUUCAUUUUGGGUCACUUAAAAGCAGAGGAAUUAAUGUAUAAACAAACAAGUUAUGUUUUGGAUGGUUCCUCCAUUUCACUUUGGUGGUUCUUGUCCGGAAGUGUUUUUAUUUAUUAAAUCAUGAACCCGACUUUUUACCGA